UUGUGUCACUCCUAAUCUGUGUUAGUAAAUAGGGUCUGUAAGUCUCGGCACGUGAUCUGCGAGAAAAAACGAUACAUUUCACUUCCGGGCAGUCGUAAAAGUGAAAGUCAUGGCGCUUUCUAUAGCCUACUGGGCGUCGUACGUAAAUGGCCAGAGCAAACUGACCAAAAAGAGCGAGGCUGCAGUAGAAAGUGGAAGGGUGUUGAGAUUUACCUUCGACCAUGAGCUGCGAGUGAUAAACUCGUCGGUGCAGGCCUCAAUGCGAGAUACAUCGUACAAAGUUCAAGUUUUUCUGGAAGAAAGUGACAAUGGUAUCAUCAAAGAUGCUUCUUGCCAGUGUCCAAUGGGAGAAUUUAAAUGUCACCAUGUGGCAGCAACACUACUGUUCGGUUAUAAGAGGGCAAGUAAAACGGACGUUAAGUGUAGUUGGGUCAAACAUCCCAAGUCAGCGCCACCUAAGGAAACAGUAACUAUGCAGGAGCUGUAUCCAUCAAAUCAGCCUAAUUACACGUACAUAUUUCAGUUAUAUUUUUCAAUGUUCUUUCUUUUCUUAAAAGCUCUGCAUUGGAUUUUGUCAAAGGAACCCGAGAUUGAGUCACUACCUGUACCAAUUGUUGAGGACCUUCUUUUGUGCCAGGAGUACCUUACAGCAAAGGAGCCACUCUCAUGGCUGAGGCAGCAACUGAUCGUUUCACCUGAUAGAAUAAUACAAGCAGCCUUCCUCACAAUUGGACAGAGAGAUAAUGCUACCUGGGCAGCAGUAAGGAAGCAUAGAUUUACUGCUUCUAAUUUUGGACCAAUCAUCGCAGCUGCAAAGCGCAAUAGGUUAAAUGUCUCCUUAAAGAAAAGGUUAUUGAGUGCCUACAACUUAGAAAAAAGAGCCCCCAUCCAGUGGGGUGUUACACAUGAGAGUGUUGCUAUAAAGGAAUACUGCAAAGAAGGGGGUGUAACAGUAUUGCCAACAGGUAUAUGGCUUCAUGAAACAGGAGUAUUAGGGGCUUCACCUGAUGGUUUUGUGCAAGGAACUUUCAAAGACAGUUUGAAUGUGCACCUCCAACAUCCUCAAAGAAAAACGUUGCCCGACAUAGUGGAGGUCAAAUGCCCCUUUUCAGCUAAGGACUUGACUGUUGCAGAUGCAUGUAGUACAAUCAAGGAUUUUUACUUAGUCACAGAGGAAGAUGGUAACAUUACUUUGAAAAGGACACAUGACUACUGGCAUCAGAUACAAGGACAGCUUCAUUUGUCUGGAACUCAAUGCUGUGACCUUGUCAUUUGGACUCAAGUGGACUUGAAAAUUAUUAGAAUAUUGAAAGACAACACAUGGGCUCAAAACAUUUCAACAAUGCUAGAUUUUUAUUUCUCAGUUUUUCUUCCAUCUUUAUCAGAAUGA